AUGGUACACUGUCCCCUACCGCUGAUCACGCCAGCGACAACAAAUACAACUCGACAGACAGAUUCUGUGUCGCCAGGUCACGAUUUUGACGGCAUCUGGGAGGGAAAGUAAGAUUCCUCACCCUUCGAACGUGAAAGCUGCAGCUCUUACCAACCCGCUGCGCAAGUCAGAAUGUCAGCAGAUCUCGUCUCAGUCCUGGACGGAGCGUUCUCAGAGCAGGUCAGUCGCUGGGCGCUUCUCACUGACGAUAAUGACUGUACUGACCGCUUCUCCUGCAUCAUACCUCUCAGGUGGCAGAUGUAGCUACGUUCUUGGCUCGCAGCCAGCCUGAAGCUGAGCGAGAUGAAUACAUUUCCAAAUAUGUUCGGAAAGCAGAAGAGGCCGAACGAGGCGAGGGAGGUGCGGAUCAGGCAAAGACUUCGGCGGUAUUGACGGAGCUGCUGGGGCAAUUCACCAAGCUAGGGGAUGGGAACGAUAGAGGUGAGCAGCAAACGUGUAGGGAGGUCCUGCACGGUUGCGUGCUACUACUGAUCGAGAGACACGCGCUCAUGGCCUAUUUUCUUACACAAAACAGAGCUGGAGGGAGUGUACAACUUGCUCGUGGCGCUCAUUAACACGCAGUAUGCGUCUCAGGAGCAGAGGGACCAUGCCAUUCAAAAUCUGGUCUCGGUCGUUGCGAGCACUGCUGCGACGACGGGGCAAGAGAGGACCGCUGUCAAGUACCGAAUGUGAGUCGUUAGGCAAUGGGAACAAUGUGGUCACCCGGAGCUGGGCGGAGCACAGCGCCGAGAACCUAUUAUCAGCUUGCGCCACAGCUUACCCUAGCAGACUUGAAUCUGACACCAUAAUCUUCUUCGAGCAGUCUGUCCAACACAUUCAACUCGCUCUCAGCUAGCUCACCUCUUCGGUUGACAACCCUCACUGCGCUGCUCAACCUCGCAGCAGCAAACGAAGAGCUGGACUAUCUCUCCGAAUCACUGCUUGCGACUCCAGCAUGGCUUUCUACAUGGUCUAUUCCAUCCUCUGCAAAAUCUGCGCUCCUCUUGGACAUCGCUUCCAAGCUCGACGCGGCUGAUCAAAAAGCCAAAGCCUACGAAUUUCUCCUCACUCAUUUGCGGUACUUGGACAGCGUCUCGGAGGCAGAAAAGGGCCAGGUUGCUCAGGCUGCGGAGCAGACAAUCGCUGCAGCUCUCAGACUGCCGAACGUGUGGGAUUUUGACAAUUUGCUGCAGAUCGGCCCGAUUCAAGCGUUAAAAGGACAGCCGGCAUUUGAACUUUUGAGCAUCUUUGUCAGCGGUUCAUCAAAGGACUUUAAAGCGUGGUUGGGCAAGGGCAACGAUUCUGUGCUAUCUAAGCUGAGUGAGUGCUGCGAAAGGGUGUAGAAUUCGCUCUUAGACGGCCGAGCUGAUGCGUGUCGCUCCUGCACACAUCACCAGAUCUGAAUGCUGCGUUGCUGGAGAGGCAAAUGAAGUUGCUGGAUUUGGCGAGCUUGUGCAGUCGUAGCGUUAGCGCAGAGGUGCCUUACGCGGAUAUUGCGGCAGCAUUGGGAGAGCCCGAGGCAGAUGUAGAAUCGUGGAUCAUUGAUGGUGAGUUGGGCGCCUUGGAGCAAAGAGGCUGUGUAGCCUCCUUGCAGUAUUCGUCUCUCAACAAAGUCGACUCCUGUCUCGCCAGUCAUUCGAGCGGGUCUGGUCUCGGGCAAGUUGAGCCAGGUGACUUCUUCAUUCAGAGUGUAUAAGAGCACUUUCAGAACGUUUGGAGAUCAAGAGUGGAAAUUAUUGGAGCAAAAAUUGGUCAACUGGCAAGGAUCGAUCGAUAGGAUCUUGACAACCAUCGACGAGGCCAGAAGUAGCGGAGCGGCUCAUGCACCGGCGAACGCGGCUGGCACUGCAGCGGAACAAAACCAGAUGGCCCUGACUGUUUGA